AUGAGGAAGAAGGUGGACGAGAGAAUCAGAACACUCAUUGAAAAUGGCGUCAAAUUACGCCACCGUUCUAUCUUCCUUAUCAUCGGCGACAAGUCACGUGACCAGAUUGUGAAUCUUCAUUAUAUGCUAAGCAAGGCAGUGGUGAAAUCUAGACCGUCCGUUUUGUGGUGCUACAAGGAUAAACUUGAACUUAGCAGUCACAAGAAAAAACGAGCAAAGCAGGUGAAAAAGUUGAUGCAGAGGGGACUGUUGGAUCCCGAGAAAGUUGAUCCUUUUUCGCUCUUUCUUGAAACUGGAGGAUUAACCUACUGUUUGUAUAAGGAUUCAGAGAGAAUUCUUGGCAAUACUUUUGGAAUGUGCAUAUUACAGGAUUUCGAGGCUUUGACUCCAAAUUUGUUGGCUAGAACGGUAGAAACAGUUGAAGGUGGUGGACUGAUUGUGUUGCUGCUUCGCUCUUUAUCCUCGUUGACCAGUUUGUACACAAUGGUUAUGGAUGUUCAUGAGAGGUUUCGUACUGAGUCCCAUUCUGAGGCAACUGGGCGCUUUAAUGAACGGUUCUUGUUAUCACUUGCUUCAUGCAAAGCAUGUGUGGUUAUGGACGACGAGCUCAACAUUUUACCUAUUUCUUCUCAUAUAAGGUCAAUCACCCCAGUUCCUGUUAAAGAGGACUCUGAAGGGCUUUCAGAAGCAGAACGAGACCUGAAGAAUUUGAAAGAACAACUACAUGAGGAUUUUCCUGUUGGUCCUUUAAUUAAAAAGUGUUGUACACUAGAUCAGGGAAAAGCUGUGAUUACAUUCCUUGAUUCUAUUUUGGAUAAGACGCUGCGUAGCACAGUUGCUUUGCUUGCUGCUCGAGGUCGUGGGAAAUCUGCUGCACUUGGUUUAGCAGUCGCUGGAGCUAUUGCGGCUGGGUAUUCAAAUAUAUUUAUUACCGCACCCAGCCCUGAAAACUUAAAAACUUUGUUUGAAUUCAUCUGCAAGGGAUUUGAUGCACUUGAAUACAAGUUUCCUGCUCCUUUCUCAUGCCAUGAAUAUCUGGACAUUGUUCAGGAACAUAUUGAUUAUGAUGUGGUGAAAAGUGCAAAUCCUGAUUUCAAGAAAGCUACUGUGCGCAUUAAUAUCUUCAAGCAGCACAGACAAACAAUUCAGUAUAUACAGCCACAUGAACAUGAAAAGCUCUCCCAAGUUGAACUACUUGUUAUUGAUGAAGCUGCUGCAAUUCCAUUGCCAGUUGUGAGGUCCCUGCUGGGUCCAUAUCUGGUUUUCCUUUCAUCAACUGUGAAUGGCUAUGAAGGUACUGGUCGAUCCUUGUCACUAAAACUUCUGCAGCAAUUGGAAGAACAAAGCCAGAUAUCUUCUAAGAAUGUGGAGGGCUCUCUUUCUGGUCGUUCUUUUAAAAAGAUAGAAUUAAACGAGUCUAUCAGAUAUGCUUCUCAUGAUCCAAUAGAAUCCUGGCUCAAUGCCUUACUCUGUCUGGAUGUUACGAAUUCGAUACCUAGUAUCAGCAGAUUACCCCCUCCCAGUGAAUGUGAUCUCUAUUAUGUCAAUCGGGAUACUCUUUUUUCCUAUCACAAAGACAGCGAGUUAUUUCUGCAGCGAAUGAUGGCAUUAUAUGUUGCAUCUCACUAUAAAAAUUCUCCUAAUGACUUGCAACUAAUGGCCGACGCUCCUGCACAUCAUUUAUUCGUGUUGCUCGGUCCUGUUGAUGAGUCAAAAAAUCAACUUCCUGAUAUCUUAUGCGUCAUCCAGGUCUGUCUUGAAGGCCAGAUUUCUCGUAAAUCUGCAAUGCAAAGCUUAAGUGAAGGCCAUCAACCGUCUGGGGACCAAAUACCAUGGAAAUUCUGUGAGCAAUUUCGUGAUACAGUUUUCCCUAGUUUUUCAGGCGCUCGUAUUGUACGCAUUGCCACCCAUCCAAGUGCAAUGAGGCUUGGAUACGGUUCUGCUGCAGUGGAGCUCUUAACUAGGUAUUUUGAAGGACAAAUAACUCCCCUUUCUGAAGUAGAUGAUGAAAAUGAUGCAGAGAUUUCUCAAGUUAGGGUUACAGAAGCUGCAGAGAAGGUUUCUUUGUUAGAAGAAAAUAUAAAACCUAGGACAGACCUUCCACAUUUGCUAGUACAUCUUCAUGAGCGGCGACCUGAAAAGCUCCAUUACCUCGGUGUUUCCUUUGGGCUAACUUUGGACCUUCUUCGCUUUUGGAAGAGACGUAAAUUUGCUCCCUUCUACAUCGGCCAAAUUCCAAAUACUGUAACCGGUGAGCAUUCAUGUAUGGUCCUCAAACCAUUAAACAGCGAUGACAGUGAAGUUAGUGGGUCAGAUGAAUGGGGCUUUUUUGGUCCAUUUUACCAAGAUUUCAAGCGAAGGUUUGCUAGACUACUGGAAGGUGAUAGUUUCCGUUCAAUGGAAUAUAAGCUUGCUAUGAGCGUCUUGGAUCCUAAGAUUAACUACACCAACAUGGAGCAAGAACCCACAUCAUCUGCCCAAGAUGGAUUUUGGAGGUCACUUACUGAUGAUCUAUCACUAUAUGAUUUGGAACGGUUGAAAGUUUAUACUGAAAACCUUGCUGAUUUUCAUUUGAUUUUAGACAUUGUUCCAAUCCUGGCUCGUCUAUAUUUUCGAGGAAAGCUUCCUAUAUCGUUGUCAUAUGUUCAGGCUUCUGUUUUACUCUGUGUUGGUUUGCAGCAACGAAAUAUUACCUUUAUUGAGGAACAAAUGAAGUUAGAAAGAACACAAAUUUUAUCACUUUUUAUCAAGGUUAUGAAGAAGUUCUACAAAUAUCUUCAUGGUGUUGCAUCUAAAGACAUAGAAUCAACCUUACCCAGGUUAAAAGAGAGGGAUCUGAGACCUCACAGCAUAUCAGUGGAUGAUGAUCUAAAGGAAGCAGCAAAGCAAGUUGAGGAUGGGAUGAAAUCCAAGACGGAGGGUUUGCUGAAUCCUGAAUUCCUUCAACAGUAUUCAAUUGUGGGGGGAGAAGAAGAGUUUGAGGAUGCUUUGCAAAAACACGGAGGAAAGAUAAACCCAGGUGGUGUUAUUAGCGUAAAAUCCAAUAGAGUUAAGCCGGAGAAACAUGGAAAGCAAGAGAGUGGUAGGAGUGGGAACAAGCGAGUUGCUCACAGAAGGGACUGCCAGAACAAGAAGUUGUCUCCUGGCAAUCAAAUUGCAUUAACACACCCAAUUGCUAUAUACAAUCAGUUGACAAAGCUGCGGUCCAAAAUAGUUAGCCCUUUGCAUCAUCGAAAGUGCAAAACAGACGAGGCAUUCCCCAACAUAUCUGAACAGUCAUUAUCCCUUGGAUUCCAAGAAUGGUUGUGGUUGCCAAGUAUUGCGGUCUCCAACUCCUCUCUCAUCCACUCAGGAUCUGCUCGGGUUUUCGGCUUGUGCCUUAUUUCAAUUGAAGUUCAGUCUUCAAUUGAAUGUAUCCUGUCAAAGUUGCAUCAGAACCCACCCAGUCUUGAAGAAAGAUUUGAAGAACAGGAUCGUUUGUCAGAUAAGAAGCUAUAA